CAUCUAAUAUGUAGUUGUUACAUUAUGUACAGCUUAAAAGUCAAUGUGGAAACCAUGUUGCGUGUUCAUAUUUAUCUCUAAAAUCUUGUUUACAAUUAGACUCCCAAUUGUGUGCGUAAUUCACUUAUUUGCCAUGGCACUUAGAAGAUUAAUUGACAAACAAGGCCUAUAUUUUAACUGUUUUUAGUCUAUUUGUAGGCUACAGUGAGCUUCCCAGCAAGAUCAUUGUUUGCACGUAAUUGAGUAUAUACAGUACAAGUCAAGUCUGGAUAAUGAAGGAAAAACAGGCAACAAUAAGUGCCCACCAACUCAUUCAGUACUGUUUUAAAACGUUUUUGCUAAGCAUUUUAUUGUUACAUAAUUUGAAAUAAUACAAUAAUAAAAAAGUGAUAGAGUCAGUGAGUGUAUCCACACGUUUGACCUGCAUGUGUAUUAAGACGUAAGCGAUUCUUUUAAACUAAUAGGCAGUCCCUCUUAAACCUGACGUCAGUUACGGUCCUAUGGGUAAGUCAAAUAUCUUAGUGGGAUUUUGAGAAUGUAGGUCAGGCUUCUUUUGACACGAAUAAAUACUAAGCGGAUACCCAUUUGAUGAGGACUGGAGCUCUCCAUUCAUGCCUUUUGUGUUUUGCAUGAACAGAUGCUUGGUAGUAGGGGUCAUAAUUAUAUCAUUGAGCUUAAUUCUAUGUGACUACAUCUGAAGUGCCUUAGGGUGACUACCACAAAGCAAGUUUAAAAGAUUCUUUGGGAGCAGAAAAAGUAGAGGAAGACAGAGUGAGCGAGAGAAAGAGAGCGAGCAGGGGUGAAGGGGGUGUGUCUUGAGCGCUGGGCUCCCAGGGAUGGUUUUGGUCACCACCCUAACACAGACCCCCACAGAACUGCUCAACCGCAGCACGCUGGGCCUGAGCAGUCUUUCCUUGUUUUCCCACCUGAGCUUGUUAAAACGUACAGGUUAAGGACCAGUCACCUUCUCCUUGCUUUCUCCAUCCCAGCCCGGUCUGUUCCGCACCCAGCCCCUCUUCUCCAGGCUCUCUAUCCCCUCAUGGGCACGAUAUCAGCCAGUGCAAGAGGACCACCGUCUCAGCCCUAACAGCAGUCCUCACCAUGGAGAUGAAACAACCAAUGAUGAUGAAUCAAGAGGACGGGGGAAAGCAGGAGAAAGAACAGGAGUCGCAAGAGAACGGCAGACUGGUUGCGGACAGCGUUGCGGAGAAGGGUCAGAAGUCCUGCUCCGGGCCUGGGCAGGUCUCCAACGGUUAUCCCAGCACAUCCCCACAAAGUCCCAGGGAAGGUGCAGGCGCUGGAACGGACAGGGGCAGCACCCCUGGAACAUUCAGGACUCUGGUGGUCCAGCAGACCAGUCUGGAUCCACCUAGGGAGACCUGGAGCAAAAAGAUGGACUUCCUGCUGUCGGUAAUCGGGUAUGCAGUGGACCUGGGCAACGUGUGGCGCUUUCCCUACAUCUGCUACCAAAACGGAGGGGGUGCCUUUCUCCUGCCGUACCUGCUGAUGGCUGUGUUUGGUGGUGUGCCUCUGUUCUACAUGGAACUGGCUUUGGGCCAGUUUCACCGCAGUGGGUGUAUCUCCAUCUGGAAACACAUUUGCCCCAUCUUCAAGGGUAUAGGCUUUGCCAUCUGCAUCAUUGCACUCUACAUUGCCUUCUACUACAAUACCAUAAUGGCCUGGGCUCUCUACUACCUCCUGUCUUCCUUUCGCCCUACACUGCCCUGGACCACCUGCAACAACCGGUGGAACACUCCCAACUGCACCCGCUACCUGUCCACCGACUUGAAUGUCUCCUGGACCGAAAACUCCAUCUCUCCCGCUGAGGAGUUCUAUAUACGGCAGGUGUUGCAGGUUCAUCUGUCCCCUGGUCUUCAUCAACUGGGCUGGGUGAGCUGGCAGCUAGCCCUCUGUCUGUUGUUCAUCUUCACUGUUGUCUACUUCAGCAUCUGGAAGGGGGUCAAGACAUCUGGCAAGGUAGUGUGGGUGACGGCUACUUUUCCAUACCUGGUGUUGGUGAUCCUGUUGAUAAGAGGGGCCACCCUGCCGGGAGCAUGGAGAGGAGUGAUCUUCUACUUGAAACCUGAUUGGAACAAACUUCUAACCACUUCAGUUUGGCUUGAUGCAGCUGCACAGAUCUUCUUCUCUCUGGGCCCAGGCUUUGGUGUUCUCCUGGCCUUUGCCAGCUACAAUCCCUUUCAUAACAACUGCUACAAAGAUGCAUUGAUCACAAGCUCAGUGAACUGUUUGACCAGUUUCCUGUCAGGCUUUGUGAUCUUCACAGUGCUAGGAUACAUGGCAGAGAUGCGCCAUCAAGGUGUGGAGACUGUAGCUAAGGAUGCUGGUCCCAGUCUGCUCUUCAUUAUCUAUGCUGAGGCUAUUGCAAAUAUGCCGGCUGCUACGUUCUUCGCCAUCAUAUUCUUCCUCAUGAUAAUUAUGCUGGGGCUGGAUAGCACGUUUGCAGGUCUGGAAGGUGUAAUUACAGCCAUGUUGGACGAGUUCCCCCACCUGUUGGCCAAAAGAAGAGAAUGGUUUGUGCUCGGCCUGGUGUGUGUCUGUUAUUUGGGCGCUCUUUCCACUCUCACCUACGGUGGUGCGUUUGUUGUUAAACUAUUUGAGGAGUAUGCCACAGGCCCUGCUGUUAUCACCGUAGUCUUCCUUGAAGUCAUUGCUGUUUCCUGGUUCUAUGGGACGACACGCUUCUGCAACGACGUGCAGCUGAUGCUUGGCUUUUCCCCUGGUAUUUUCUGGAGGGUCUGCUGGAUAGCCAUCUGUCCCUGCUUCCUACUGUUCAUUAUUGGGAGUUUCCUGGCAUUCCCUCCUGAGGUGAAGCUGUUUGACUACAAGUACCCUUUUUGGACCACAGUGCUCGGCUACUGCAUUGGAGUAUCUUCCUUUAUCUGUGUGCCUUCCUAUAUGGUCUACUAUCUGGUCACCACCAAAGGAACCUUCAAACAGCGUCUGCUAAAAAGCAUUACCCCUGUGGCUUCGGGGUCCAGCGGCCCUCAGAGAGACACAAUUGUCAUCACCAAUGCCGUGUGACACAUUUCGUCCUCUGCUGGACAUGUAGCACAAACACGAAGGACCCGUGGCUCCUGUAAGGGCCCCGGCCGACCUCCCUUCACACCUCACCCCAGAGGAGUCUGCUACCUGUAUUGUGUGAUGGUGGGGCCAGGCCUCUGAAUACAGCCAAUGUUUAUUUGUAUUCUUGCCGUCCGUGUGUCAUUGCUCAUAUGAGUUCCUGACCACCGUGGAAAGUUCUUGAGAUUGUGUUUAUAUAUAUAUAUAUAUAUAUAUAUAUAUAU